CUUCUUGUUCGUUUUGCGUGUCUUAAUGGCUAACUAUCGUAUACCGGUCCCACUAUUCUUGCUCUUGUUCGUUUCUAUUUACAUCAGGCCUAUCAUCGCAGUCACUUGCUACCGUUUGGACGGACGUGAGGCAACCUCUGAUAUUCAAGCAUGCAAUCUCAACGCUACAGGACAAGGCGGUGCGCAUUCGGCGUGUUGCAAGGUUGAGAAUCAAGAUGCCUGCCUCUCUACGGGGCUGUGUCUCAACACGCUUGCUACGCAGGCGAGCCAUAUACUCUGGGCAACCGGCUGCACAGACCCAACAUUUCUUGAUCCAAGUUGCCCUAAAUAUUGCCGUAUCACUGGAUGGAGCAAUGCACGCCUCCAAAACUGCAACGACACACAUUACUGCUGUGCGGAAUGGGAUAUAGAUCGCGACCCAGAAGAUUGCUGCAAGUCUCCGUUUCCUUUGGACGAGCCAAUUGGCACAGUUACUCGGCAGAUCCUUCGAUCUGAUAGAACCGUGCCCGGUACGCCAAACAAUACCACAUCGUCGAACAAUAAUACUGUAGAGACGUGCCAUGGCUCAACCAUCCCGACUGGAGCCAUUAUAGGCCUAUCUGUUGAAGGUGGUGCACUAUUGGUCGCCCUAGCAAUGCUAGGCUACUUGCUCUGGAGCCGGAGAAGGAUGAAGCAAGAAAUGGAUGAAUUGAAUAGAGCUUUGGCAGCGACAGCUAUCGGCCCUGCUCGCUCGACACAGGCACAGGCGAAGCCACCCUACAUGCAUGGAAUAGCAGAGCUCCCUAUCAAUCCGCAAGAGAUGUCUUCACUGCGGGAGCCGUCCGAAAUAUCUGGACGUAGUAUUCAUCGCCGAGUGUAAGAUGGCAUGGCCCAGGAGGUUUUCAGAAAUUGCAAUAGUGUCAACUUUCUCUAAAGCGGCAAUAUGUAUUUGAUCUCAAUAUAAUUAGUCAAUGUCAAGUCGAGUAGCUAGUUAGUAAUACAGCGUCUCAAUUAC